AUGGCGAAUAUCGAUAAUCUAAAUAACCUGCUCUUGGGAUAUUAUGACGCGAAUGUUAUCGAUGAUGUAGAUCUUCUGCUGCUCUAUGAUGUGAAUAGGCGAAGAAAUCCACAUUUUCCGUACUGGAGGUAUGAUAAAUUCGAUUUGGAUCUGAUGAGCGCAGACGAGUGUAAAGCCGAGUUUCGGAUGUGGAAGGAUGAUGUCUACACAUUAGUAGAUAUUUUCGGAUUUCCUGCCCAAUUUAAAUGUUACAACGGGGUGGUUGUUGAUUCAGUUGAAGCGACGUGUAUUUGUUUGAGAAGGCUUGCAUAUCCAUGCAGAUAUAGUGACCUGAUCCAUCGCUUUGCAAGGCCUGUUCCCCAAUUAUCAAUGAUAAGUAACCUGGUAAUCGAGGAAAUUUAUCAAAGAUUUGGUCAUCUACUAAGUAGUAUGGAUCAACCUUGGUUAUCUAGGGAAAACCUUGCUAUGUUUGCACAUGCCGUUCAUAGAAAAGGGGGAGCAUUAGAUAACUGUUGGGGUUUUGUAGAUGGGACUGUAAGGCAUGAUGCUGCUAUGCUUGUGAUGUCUGGGCUAUUGGGUGAGUUAGAAAGGCACUCAUUUGCACCCCAUGGCCAAGCACUUUGCAUUUAUGGUGACCCAGCCUACCCUCUACGAGAACAUCUGCAGUGCCCAUUUUUGCAAAGACAAGGUUUGACCCUAGAACAGCAAGCAUUCAACCAGUCUAUGAGUCAGGUUCGUGUUUCAGUUGAGUGGGUCUUUGGUGAAAUUGUGUCUUACUUCAAGUUCUGCGAUUUCAAAAAAGAUCUAAAGAUUGGUUUGAGCCCUGUAGGGAAGAUGUAUACUGUGUGUGCUCUUUUACGAAAUGCUCUAACCUGCCUCUAUGGAUCAAAUACGGCAACCUUCUUUGAUUUACAGCCACCUGCCCUCCAGUUUUACUUUAAUGGAAACUAG